AUGGCAACUAUCGGGUAUCUCCGAAAAAGUUUAAACUCUCAUGAAGUCGAUCAAUUCAAAAGCCUGCCGCAUGAAGAGAAGCUUCGCCGUUUGAAUAAUUUCUUCAUUCACGGCUCGAUCAGAUUCACUAGAAUCAUAAAGUUGCUUUGUAAGAAAAACUUGAACAAUUUUACAAUACUCCAAAUUUGUUUUUCAGCUCGUCGUUGCUCUAAGAAAGAGCUUGUCGGUUUUCUGGCCGGAGUCAAUGGUCUCUUGUGUGAAGAGGACCUUUUUGUUGUCUACUUGAUUGUGAAGAAUAAGAAUCUCGUCGGUAAGCGAUUUUGAGAACGCUUUUUUGAAAACCCAUUAAAUUUUUUUCAGAUCAGAUGUCCGACGAGCACAAAACCGCUUUGAUGGAUAUGUUCGACGGACAGGGAAACCUCAAAACUUGUGCCAAAAUGAACGAUCCAGAUGGGCAGUGUGAGUGCGAGGGAGCAUGGAGAAGCAGAUACCGCUCCGAAAUCGAAGCCGAACUCCUGUUGGAGCAAAGAAGACAGCAAGCUCGGAUGCUGCCACCACCAGCACAAUUUCUUCCGAUGAUGCCUCCAUUUGCUCCGCCACCACCCGUCGCUCCCUUCAUCCCAAUGGGGUAUCCAUUUGCUCCUCCAAUGGCGACCGCUCCGGGUUUCCCGAUCUUUCCACAACUUCCUCCGCCGCACGUCAUGCAGAACUUAUGGUUCCACUAUCCGCCGCAGCAGCAAGCCCAUCAGCAGGUGCAGAACAUGAUGGGUGGAAUGCUUCAAAAUUAUCCAAAUCAGAACAACUAG